AUAGAAAAGCAAACGGCAGCGAUUUCGCAGGUAUGCGAUUCUUUCCAAGGAAACAUAAAGUUUUUCUCAGCUAUUUAUUUUGAAAAGGGUCGUUUGUUUGGUAUCAUACUAUGGUGUACAUAUACGUUAAAAUAAUCAUGGCGGUCAUAACUAUAACAGACAAGGUCAGUUUGCAUUCGCGCUUAGCAUCAUAGUGUAGUGUUUUCAGACAGCAGUUGACCUUAUUUUCAGCAGGAAAAAAUACACUGGACCGUUUUUCUAAUAAAUAGCAAGGUAAUAGAAUAUCCAUUGCUUAUUCGCAACUCUUUAUCAACAACCAUUAGUGUUAUUUUGCAUUUUUGCCGUUAUUUUCUGACAUUCAGGUAAUUUUCGUUUUGCAAUGUGUGAAUAUGAAGGAAUGAUGGACAUCAUCGAAAGCGCAAAAGCGAGCACUUAUUUUAUCAAGACUAAACGCUAACAAGCCGCUACGAAGUUAGUCUUCGCAGCGUUUCUCAAACACCUUUCCCACAAAUGAAGCUUGACUGAUCGUGGGAAUGGAUAAAGACAAAUUAAAACUCUCGGGCCGGAAACGGCGGGCCUCCGUUGGGACGGAGCGUCAACACUCUCCGUCCAUUGGUCGGGCCUCAGUUGGCGCCGAGCGUCAACACUCUCCAUCAAUUGGUCGAGCCUCAGUCGGCGCGGAGCGUCAACACACGCCGUCUAUUGGGCGGGCCUCGGUCGGAACGGAGCGUCCACGUUCUCCAUCCUUCGAGGGGAGCACCGUCAUUGAGGCGGUGACGGUGCGGCCUCCGACGCCAGACCGCGGAGAUGACGGCCCGCCCCUCGACCUCCCCGCCAGCGACGCCAACGCGACAGAAAGUUCGUCAAAUGCACAGGACAAAAUGCGAAGGAACGCAGUGCUUGGUCAAACUAAUACGGGUCCCGAGCCGUGGACGAUGCUGGACUACGUAAAGCGCAGGAGCAUCGGCAUGCCCAAUCGCAUCAAUCUGGACGCCGAGCGAGCUUCUAUAGUGAGCGUUUACCACGGAAACGCUCGCGAUAAACCGCAUCGCCCGAUCCAGCUGGAUGUCGACCCUGGCUUCGCGUCCACCUAUCGCCAAUCGAUAGUUCAUUAUGUCAGCUCCAAGUUUUCCCAAGACGAGAAGUUGAACGUUGAAAGAGAGGUCUCCAGCAAGACGUCGGUGAUUGACGCCAUCCUGGGCACCCGCUGGAGCCUGCGGCAGCAGGGGACCGAUCAGGACUCUCCAGAUGAGAACGAGGAGGAGCAGAGCCAGCGGUGCCAGCCCCGUUCGGUGCUCUUCUACCCCCACCACGCCUUCGGAGUGAUCCUCAGCCAGCUGAAAAGGCACCCCAGAGCCGUCCGUUUGCUCAUCUUCGUGCUCUGGGUGGCGUACGUCACCUACGCAGUGGUGUACAACUUCUACAUCAUGAAGGCCGACUACGACUGGUGUCACGCGGGCGGUCUCAUCUCGUGGACAAGUGUCGUCAUUUUUCUGUAUCUGGUCACGUCCAAAGUGAUAAUUCCGUACGCCCACCGCAUUCACAGUCUUCAGGCCGAGCUGCAGAAUCGUGCACUUGCAUUCCUGAAGGAUCUGUUCAGUCGCAGGUAUGUUCGGAUCAUCGCUGGUGCCCUGAUUGCUGUCAUCAUUGUCCUGGUUACCAGAAUUGGACACAUGAUCCCGACGACGAAACAGCUGACGGCCGUCUGCGGCUACUGCGUCAUCAUACUCGUGACGUAUCUGCUGUCGGUGGAGCCAGAGGAGAUUCGGUGGCCAAUGGUGAUCAAGAAUCUGCUGCUGCAGCUAAUCGUCGUUUACCUCAUGAUGGUUUGGGCGCUGGGGCGCGUCGUCCUGGAAUGCAUGGCCAGCAAAAUUGACUUCUUGUUUGGGUUCAGCAAGAAAGCUGCCUGGGUUCUGUUUUCCCAGAAACUGCCACAUAUGCUCUCGAUAGAGCUGCUGAGUUCACUGACGCUCACCGGCUCGAUCAUGCAUCUGCUCUACUACACGGGAGUUCUGCAGGGGUUCCUCCACAAGACGGGCCUUGUCUUGGAACUCAUCACGGGCACAACCACGGUGGAAGCCAUCUCGGGUGCGCUCUGCACCCUUUUCGGUGGGAUCGAGACGGCUGUGAUUCUGGAGCCGUAUAUCGUGCUUCUGACGAUGUCUGAGCUGCACACUUUUAUCACCGCCGGCAUUGCCUCGAUGACCGGCGUCGCCCUGGCAAUGUAUAUGGACAUGGGCGUGGAUAGAGUGACGCUGAUGACAGUGAAUUUCGCCACCUUCAACGGCGUGCUGGCGGUGUCAAAAAUCAUGUACCCCGAGACGGACACAUCGGUCACCACGUACCGGGACCUGAAGUUCAUGGACAGGGACGAGUACAACAUGAUUGACGCCGGGGUUCGCGGAGCGAUCGCCGUGCUGCGACUGCUGGCGCAGCUAGUGGCUGUCCUCAUCGCCUUCAUCGCGCUGGUCAACAUGGGCAACGACUUCAUCGAGUGGCUGCUGGAGAACGUCGGCAUCCCCGGCAUGGACCUCGUGGGCAUUUUGUCUGUUGUGCUGCGUCCUCUUAUUUUCUUGAUGGGUAUCGACUGGAAAUCAACAGGGCGCAUCGCAAGAUUCUUUGCCACGAAAACCGUUCUAAAUGAAAAUUUCGGCUACCAAGCAUUUCUCAAGGAUAGCAAACUGCAUCCAAUGAAGAAGCGGGAGCGUGCCGUCACCGUGGCGUUGCUGUACGGCUUCAGUAACCUGGCGCACGUCGGAGCCACGGUGGCCUAUCUGACGGCACUGGCACCGGAGCGGCGUCACGACAUCAGCAGCACGGUGCCGCGCGCGCUGCUCACCGCAGUGCUCACCAACCUGCUCACCGCCGCGCUCGUCGGUGCGUUGGUGUUUACACAUACCCAUCCGACGGAGUCGGGCCAGGGUGCGUUCAACGCGACCAAUCCUCUGGGUAACGCGACCACGCCGUACAACGUAUCCAGCCAAGACUUCUUCAAAGGGAUGAACGGAAGCAUCGCAAUGUUUCAUCACUGAUAAAAUGCUGUGUAUUUUUGUGAAUGACGUGCAUCCAUUGACCGUUAUACUCGUGAAAUGUGUGACAACUCCUGUAAUAUAUUUAUCAUCCAU